GUGGUGGUGGCGGCGGCCGGCUGAGAGGAGGGCGGCGCUUUCAUCCCUUCAUAUCAUGGCCAAGAGGCGGAUAGAGAAGCAGAUAUUCCUGCAACGUGACAGGUUUGGUGUUGUUCCCAUCACUGAUUUGAUAAUGGGGUCCAGAUGAAAUUUGCUCGAUUCGUCCAGAUUUUAGCGUAGCCUGUGAAAUGGGGUCAGGCUGCAGGCGGACAUACAUGCAGCAGCAAUCUGCUCAACUUGUCUACACUGGAAAUGGCAGCCGAGGCAAGGUAGCAGGAAUGUUACUCUGCUGGAAAUGACACAGAAAAACAAUCACUUUUAUUAACUAGUUAUCACCCCUUCUACUGAAGGCAUGCUGGGGGACAGUUCAACAAAUACUGGCCACCAAUCGUUACCUCGCUCAAGUUGCCAUUCUUCAUAUGUGAUCCUAGAGAUUGGGUUUGGCAAGCUGUUCGACACUAAGGGGCAUCACAGCUGAGCCCGAUCCUAUCCACACAUGCACUUUACAACAGGGGAAGUACUGAUCAGGACCUGGAACAUUGACUGAUUUUACUCUUCCUUAGCAUGUGGGUGCUGAGGGCCCCUCCCGCCACCUCGGCUGAGAUCAGCUAACUCAGCACAGACUGGGAAUGGAACCUGGGAUGUUCUGGAAUUGAAAGACUUGCAACGAGACCCACCAGCUCAGUGUUCAGCAGGUCCAGCAGGAGAUGAUAUGUUCGCUUGGCAAGCCACUAUAAUGGGACCUUACGACAGUCCGUAUCAGGGAGGAGUUUUCUUUCUUGCAAUUCAAUUCCCUACAGAUUACCCUUUUAAACCACCAAAGGUUGCAUUUACAACAAAAAUAUAUCAUCCAAACAUAAACAGCAAUGGCAGCAUAUGUCUUGACAUUCUGCGGUCACAGUGGUCACCAGCAUUAACGAUAUCAAAAGUUUUAUUGUCAAUUUGUUCACUCUUGUGUGAUCCUAAUCCUGAUGAUCCACUGGUUCCAGAAAUUGCACACAUGUACAAAACAGAUAAGGAAAAGUACAACAAACAAGCAAGAGACUGGACUCAGAAGUAUGCGAUGUAGAAUUGAUGUUGGCUAUACUACAACAUCACAAGAGAAGAAAAGGUGGCAACAUUUUUUUCCAAUUGGAACCCAUGCAGUUCACAAUAAAUAUUAAUUGUGGAUAAUGAGUACUGUAAAUUUUUAGUUGAAACAGUGCAAAUAGAAAACAUACUCAUUGUGUCUUUACUCAAAACUACAAACUGUUUUUGCAAAAAUUGCUAAAUGAGCAAUGAAGCAAGUAGUUUACUAAUAAAAUUCCAAAUAGUGAUGUUUUUCCUCUUCCAACAAGCAUUCCAAUGCUAAUUCUGAUCUCAGUCCUCCAGUCAGACUGCUUUGCAAUUCUAUGCAUUACAUUUUGGACUAGUACUAACAAACAAUAUGUUUUUUGACAAUUUUCUUUUUACUUUGCUGCACUUGUUCCAAAAUAUUGGUAUAAAACAUGGGAAUAAACUGGUUGCCAACAGUGAUUGUCGUUGCCAGAUACCAACAUGUGCAAAUGUUGGCCUGCCCAUUGUAGUUGCAUUCCAUUUACUGGAAGUGAAGACGCAGCAUCAUUUCUGAUGUUCGUACUUGGAGUGAGUUUUUAAACUUGUGCAGCUGAUUGGAUCGCUCAACAAGCCUUGUAUAUGGUGCAUCAACUAUAUCACAAGACUAAAAGUUUACCCCUUGUUACCCUGUCAGAAUUUAAGUCAUUUUCAUCUAGUUUCAAAUGUUUUUUCAUUAGGGAUUUAAUUGUAAGUGUAUAUGGUGCUGGCUUUUUAUAUUUGACAUAUAUACACAGUGUUACCUACCUCUGGUAAAAUGUACCCUUGCUUGCUGAUUAUCCAUUAGAUUGAUUUGCACCCUCUCCUGAUUGGUUUGCCAUCCUUGCCUGUGAUUAUCUAACUUGAAGUAAAUUUGCUGUUGUGAAUGGUCUUAACAUUAAAUGAUAAAUGAAAUCACAGCCAAUUUUCCAAUUACAUGAAUUCCUUAAGCUUGAACCACUGUAGCAGAAACAAUUUCAGGGCAUUUUAUCUAAUUUUUCUGUUUUAUUUAGAAUAUAGGUAAAAUCAUGGAAAACAAAUAUUUCACAGCCAAAUUGUAUGAAACUUACCACAAAUCUUGAAUUCACAACUGAACUGUUAUCUUUAUACCAUUAUAUAUUAAAUAUUACUGAAAAAUGCACCUUUUCUCUAAACAGUGAAGAACUGAACUGUUGCACUUGUAAUUAAAACAGUUGGACUGUUUUGUCAGUGCUUUGUUUUUUUAAAAAAAAGCUUCUAAUUUUUUUUGCUUCAGUGUUUGACUUGGAUAUUUAUCCUAGCUGAAACUUGAGAUGUGCGCAUCUUUUUAUGGGAUCUAUCUUCUACCCUUAUCAAAAGCUUGUUUUCUGUGCAUUUCGUUAAAGAAGUAGGGUUAAUGUUUCAGGUCUUAAUAACCCUUCAUCAGAACCCUCUGAAGCACAAACUGUAUCUUCUUCUCUGCACAGAUGCAACUUGACCUGAGUGUUUCCAGAAUAUUCCUUUUUUUAUUUCAGAUUUCCAGCAUUUGCAGUAUUUUGCUUUGUUCAGUCUGAUGUCCACAGUGGCUGGCCCAUGAUGUACAGAAACUGGAUUAAUGCCAACUAGUCACUUUAAGGCAGUGCCUUCAGGAGUUUGGCUUUUCAUAGUGAUAUCACUGGCUUAAAAUCACAAAUCAUUGAGACAGAAUGGAAUUCCUUGUAAAAGCAACACGUGAAGGAGGCUUUGCUCUACUUCUGAUAACUGAUGGCUGUUAAUUGUGGAUUUGUUUUUGUUUAUAAAAAGCUUUUAAAAUUGUUAAAACUUAUAUUUAAAAAAAUCAUACAGCUUGUGCAUCUUUCACUUUUUUGUCCAAAUAAAAAAAGUUCACAAAAUUAAUCCACAUUGGCAACUAUUAUUUGUAAACCAGUUUUAAAUUUGUAUUCUCUAUAUUUUGUUUAGGUCUGUUUGUCCGUGCACGUUAAUAUUGGUAUUUACCUGUGGUUUGUGUUGUCAUAGUAAUAGCUGGAUACCUUUGGAAUUUUCAUACUAUGUAUUUGUACAUACUGUGUGUUAUCUGCAACAAGAAAAGUUUUCAAUGAAAAAUAUAUAAUGGAGCUCAAAGCCUGUGAGUUUACAAUAUUGCAAUCAUCGAUGAAUAAAUCUUUUGCUCGUG